AUGAAAUCAUAUUGUAAAUAAAAUAAUUAAAAGUGUAAAAUUAGGCAAGGCUAAUAUUUGAGAAUUUAACAAAGGUCAAAGUAGAAAAUUAAAAAUCACGGUUUUGUUACUUAACAUUAUUGUAAAGCAGUAUUUAUUUAAAUAGAUUGAUUAGAAAAAAGUUGUUACCAUAUAUCUAGUUAUUAUUUUAAUCCAGUAUAUUAUUUGAAAGACUUACAGAAGACAGUUUUGAAUAAGAAAUCUUAAAGUUCAGCAUUUUUUAAAAGAAUCUAUAAAAGCAUUAUUUGAUAACAUCUAGAAUUUAGAAUUUGAAAAAGAACAAAUGCAAGAGAAACUCUUUAAUAUUCCAUUAAAUAUAAGUAAGAGAUGUAAAGUUAUAUUGUUUAAAUGAAAACUUUAGGAUUAUCAUUUACUAUUAGAAUGAAACUUUAAUAUAUUAUAUAGAGAAUGAUUAUUUUAGAUAGAUAUUCAAUGAGGAAAAUCAUUCUUGUGUUUAAAAUUCUUUAUUGAUUUGA